AUGAACCUCACGGGCGCGACGACCGUCGACGAGGUGCUCUCGCGGCACGUCGCGGACUCGCUCGCGCUCAUCCCGCCCAUCGAGGCCGCGCUCGCCUCCUCCACCACCUCCUCCUCGCCGUCGCACACGCCGCGGAUACUCGACGUCGGCAGCGGCGCCGGGUUCCCCGGCGUCGCGCUCGCCAUCGCGCGCCCGCGCUGGGAGGUCACGCUGCUCGACACGCUGCAGAAGCGCGUCGCGUUUCUCGACGCCGCAGCCGAAGAGUGCGGCGCGACCAACGUGAAGACGCUGUGGUCGCGCGCGGAAGACGCCGGGAAAGUCGGCUCGGAGCACAGGGAGGCGUACGACAUCGUCACCGCGCGCGCGGUCGCGGAGCUCAGGACGCUCGCGGAGCUGUGCGUGCCGCUCGUGCGCGUGGGCGGGUCGUGGGUCGCGGCGAAAAACUCGACGACGUCGACGGCGGCGGAGACGGCGGCGGCGGCGGCGGCGGUGGAGCUCCUCGGCGGCGCGCCUCUCGUCGCGGUGGAGGUUCAGAGCGAGGGGCCGGACGGGGAGAUGAGGACCGCGGUCGUGAGCGCGAAAGCGAGGGAGACGCCGGGGAAAUACCCGAGAAGGGCGGGAUUAGCGAACAAGCGGCCGCUCUGA